CGGGAAUCGGAGUUAAAGUGACUGCGCAGAUUGUCAAGAACAUAUAGAAAAAAUUAAACUAAAAUUAAAUUAAAAUUUAUUUAUUAUUAAAAUUAAGCAUCCAGGUACUUUGUGUGAGAAAAAGGCUGGUCCACAAGCGCACAAAACCAAUUAUUAUACCACAAUCAAGUUAGCCAUAUAGUUUGGAAGACAACGAAACUAAAAAAAAGAAGUAACAGUAAAAGGGUGACAUUUACUGACAGACAAUAAAAUGACUGAUUUAAAAUUAACUGUGGCACUGACCAGCGUCAAUGCGGAGAAUAUGUCCCGGCACGAUAUGCUCCAGUGGGUGAACAACAUGGUCCAAGGCCACUUCAAGAAGAUCGAGGAGCUGUGCUCGGGUGCUGCCUACUGCCAGAUGAUGGAGAUGAUCUUUCCCAACUGCAUUAACCUGAAGCGCGUCAAGAUGGCCGCCAAACUGGAGCACGAGUAUCUGCACAAUCUUAAGCUGUUUCAGGAAGCCUUUAAUCGCUUAAAACUGGACAAAACUGUGCCAAUCGAUCGACUGAUCAAGGGACGCUUUCAGGACAACUUUGAGUUCCUGCAGUGGUUCAAGAAGUUUUUCGACUCGCAGGCACCGGGCUUGGAGAACAUUAAGUCGCUGGCCAAUGCGCCGGUGGUCAAGCCCAUCAAGCCGCGCCAAAUCGCCGCCAAGGAGCGAUCUCCAGUCAACGCCAAUGAUGAUGCCCUCAAAGAGCUGAUUGAUGAGAUGAAGACCCUAAGCCUAAAGAGGGAGGACAUCAUGGAGGCCAGCAAUCAGAUCUACAACAAACUGCGUCUGGUCGAGGAUCUGGUAAACGACAUGAUCAACAACAACCAGCAAGUUGAGUUGUGUAAACGCAUUCAAACGGUGCUAUACAAAACGAUAGAUGGCGAGAUCAACGAAGAACCCUUUGAAGUUAAUGAGGAUAAUGGAGAUGAAGGCUCCGGAACUGCGGAUCCCAACGACGGAUUAUAUUAAGCAAUUAUCCUUUGCACACGUUCUGUUUUUAUAAUUAUUUUAUUAUUUAUAAACAAAGCAUUAUCAAAUCA